AUGGCCGCCUACCGGCUGAACGUGCGCGUCUUCUGGCCGCUGGCCACCUGCGGCUGCAUGGCGCUGCUGGGCCUCUGGACACGCGCCGGCCCGGCUUGGGAGGCCGCGCUGCUGCUGGCGCUGCUGCUGGCCGGCCUGGCCUUGCGCCCCCGCCGCCUGGCCCCGGGGACCCCCGCCGCGCCCAAGUUCGACCCCCGGCGCCGGCGCGCCGCCUUGGAGGACUUUUACGCGCGGCAGCUGCGGCUCUCGCCCCACGUGCUGGGCCACAGCCGGGCGCACGUGGGGCUGGUGCUGGGCGAGCUGCUGCGCGCGGGCCGGGCGGCGGGGCGGCUGGGCUUGCGCGGGGCCUGGGUGCCGGUGGGCAGCGCCUUCGAGCAGCACCAGGUGCGCAGCCCGGACGCCUUCGACGUGCUGGUGCCGCUGCGCCUCCCGCCGGCCGCCUCGUUGCGCGUGGAGCGCAGCCCGGGCGGCGGGGGCGGCGCGUGGCUGUGCGCGCUGCGGGUGGCGGCGUCGGGCGGGCUGAGCGGGGCGCUGUGCGCGGAGGAGGCCGGCGGGGCGGGGCGCCUCCUGUCGGCCGCGCUGGUGCUGCGCUGGUUCCAGGGCCACGUGCAGCGGUGCCUGGGCGCCGUGCGCUCCCGCCUGCAGGAUCGCGCGCACGUCACCUUGGCCGCCGGCCCCGGGCGCCCGCUGGCCCUGCGCGUCGUGCCGCGCUCCGACUACGUCUGCUGCCACCUCUCGCUGGCCGUGCGCCUCAUCCCGGCCGUGCCCGUGGGCCAGGCGCUCUACCUGACCCCCUGGCCCGCCGCCCAGCCCGGCGCCCUCUGGACCCUGGACGUCUCCAAGCCGGAGCAGCGCCUGCUCAGCUGGCUGCGGGAGCACGGCCCCGCCGACGCCUGCCACCUCAAGUGCCUGCAGAUCCUCAAGGGGCUGCGGGAUCUGGGCGGCCGCUCGCUGGAGCAACCCUUGGCCUCGCAGUGGGGCCAAGUCCUCUCCUCCUACCUGCUCAAGACAGCCCUGCUGGCUCUCCUCCUGCGGGGCCCGAUGCGGGCCUGGGCGGACCAGCUUCUGGUGGAACGGCUGGAGGAUCUGGUCGCCUUCCUCGCGGACAGCCUGCAAAGGCGCGUCCUGCUACACGCGUUCCUCGGCAACUCCGCCCUCCCCGAAGCCAUCGGCGUCCCCAAGUUGCUCAAGGAAGCCUCUCCCGUCAACCUGCUGGCGGACUUCGAGGGCCCCACCUUAGACAAGGUGGCCGCCCAUCUCCUGAACACGUGGCGGCAAGCGCCCCACAUCAUCCGCAUGUACAGCGGCCACAGGUACCAGAAGACGCAUACGGUCUGAGAUGGUGGUCUUGCAGACCCAGAGACAACUGAACCCUAUACAUUCUGAUAUCUACAGGAAGGUGAGCCGUCCCAUUCGCAUGGAUUAUCUUUGUGGGUUCCUUGGACAUGUACAGUUCUUCAUUCUACCUGCAUUCACAGAUCCGAAAAACGAUUCCUAAUGGAUUCCUAAUGGAAACGAUUCCAUCUUCCUCUGAAGGGCAUAGUCACAGAUGCAAACGAAACGUCAGGAAAGAAUGUUGCUAGAACACAGCCAUGCAGCCCGGAAACCACACAGCACCCAAGAUUCCUAAAAAGAUACUGUAUGUGCUUCUUCACAGCAGGCAUGGCAUGAGAAGAGGCAUUCCUUGUUCUCCCACACCGGAGGGAAUGCUUCUUCCGAGGGGUCGCUUGCCAUUAUUGUUUUUACGUGGUCUCCUUCGAUUUGUGUUAAGAGAGAGAAAUCGUUCCAAAGAGAGGACAAGACAUUGUUUACAUUGAUGUUCUGCAACAGGUGGAAGAGGCAUUCCCUGCUUUCUCUCUCCCUAGGGAUGCCUCUUUUCAGAAGCAAUUUGCCAUGGACUUUUUUUUGAUAAUUUAAAAGUGGGUUUUGUGGGGAUCGGUGGUCUCAGGGGCACGUUCCAGCCGAUCAAAACGGUUUUAGCCGAUUUCAUCUAACUGCUUAACACUCUGGAGGCCGUGGCCUUCCCCAAAAUAGUUGUAUAAGUUGAUAAAGUGCCUUACGCUUGGAUAUUUCUUGCCCGAUAAGUGUUCCCUUUGAGGUAUUAUGGACAAACAGGCAGGUAAUUCAGCCUGCCAUCUUAGACACAAUUCUUACCAUUGUGUAAGAGGUGGUAAAGUUCUUCACAGUGUGGCUUUUACAGGGUAACUUGCACAUUACAAUGCCUUCUGUCUGUCCCCUUUCUCAAGUUCACAGCUUCUGUUUUGGGAAGGAGUAGAACAGCGCAUGGUGUGGAGGAAUGGGAAAUUUAACCCUCUUUUCCUCUGCUUUUUUCUUGCUGGAAAAAGUGGUCAUUCCUUGUUUUGUACCCUUGUUUUAUACUCCUCCCGAAGGACUAAAAGCGGCUCAGGGGAUGCUUUUCCUGCAAGAAAACUGCAGGGAAGCAAGGAAAUAAAUCUCUCUCCCUUUUUCCCUGUCGGUCACUCCUCGAUUAAACAGUACAGAGGCUGCACUUUCAAAAUAAAACAAAGAAGAAAGUGUCCCGAGCCCUUCUUGUGGAUCUGACAUCCUCACGGGAGCAGUGCCACAAUGGGGGCUGCAGAGGGAAUAUUUGGCCCUAUGCCUUGAUCAGAGUUUGAGGGGCUUUCUGGUUGGCUGUCAAGGAUCCGGGCAGAAUGGCCACGUUCCUCGCUGCUCGUCAUUGAGAUUAGAGGUUGACCCAAAGGUUGUGUCCUUGGGACGGUGGAAAUGUCUUUCGAAGUUUGCAGCAAAGUGCAAGCUAGUGGAUCCUUGACAGUCGCGCUUGGAGGCCGAUCUUGGAGGGGUGUGUGUGUGGAAUCUGUGCCCCUCUCUAUGGUGCAUCUUUUCAAGGCGAGUGCCCUUUAAGCUUUACCCGCUCUGAGGUGGUCUCUGCAUGGCCAGAGAGGCGCUCUGUCAAAAGCACAUAAGGGUUUUUUUUUUGUCUUUCUCCACUUCAGAUAUUUGAAGUGGGAGUUGGGUGGCGCAUUUGCGGCGCAUGAUUGUGAGCAUACUUUCAGCCCAGUUGGAAUUUGAGGGGAGGGCAUCCGUCACAUGGUUGGGCUUUUCGCCAAAGGACCUGAAAUGUUACUCUGAGGCAAAAUGCGACAGCAAGGUCAAAAACCAAUGACUAAGAAGCAGUGUGGGUUUCAGUAAUGUGUCGGAACAGGGAAUCAAAACUCUGAAAUGAGGCAGAGGGAACAGGAUAUAUUCAAAAGGAAGGGCACCUUGGGGACUUGUAGGCAAAGCAUGAGUUUGGAGACCAAAAAGAAGAAAAAGCACUUUAUUUUUAUAAGGACUUUCCUUGUUUGUGCCUAAAAGCUUUCUUUGAAACAUGGAGCCUUAACGUGUAUAUAUAAGCUGCAGUUUUUAUGGAGGGCACGUGUUCUAAUCCCGAAAGCUCUUACAAAAGACCAGGCCAAAUGUGGUUCUGGAUUGUCUGGGGAGGAACCUGGGCAAAAUUUUAAAGGUUUAAAAUUUGUUCUAGCCUAAGGUUAAUCUUUAUGCUUGAAGGAGUGUUGUUGCACUUCAUGGUGCCACCAGAUUCUUUGUUGUAUUUUGCUUUUAACCCCUUUGGAAUGACCAGUUUAGAUCAGAAUC